CAAACAUGAAGGAAGCAGCUGCUCAGCGUCUGAUCUUUCUUAUCUCACUGCUGUUCUGGACAUCAGGUCAAGUCCUCCCAGUUCGUCUGACUGUGAUUCCCAGCAGAUCUCAGUUCUUUGAACAUAAAUCAGUGACUCUGAUCUGUGAGGAUGAAAACAGAUCUGAUGGAUGGACUGUGAGGAGAAACACAAGCAGAGGAAACAGGACUGAGUGUAAAGAUGGAUGGGGAACACCAGCUGGUUCUACCUGUAACAUAAACUACCUUCUCCCAUCAGAUACUGGUCUGUACUGGUGUGAGUCCAUGUCUGGAUCCUCCAGCAGCAGCAGCAGCAUCCAGCUCUCUGUCUCUGGUGGAUCAGUGAUCCUGCAGAGUCCUGUCCUCCCUGUGAUGGAGGGAGAUGACGUCACUCUGAGCUGCAGAGCAAAGAAUCCAACCCACAACCUCCCAGCUGCUUUCUAUAAAGAUGGCUCCUUCAUUGGUCAUGGAGAGUCUCCAUCCAGCAGGAUCUCUGUCAAAGAGAAACCUCCAACCACCUCUCCACCCUCCUCCUCCUCUCCACCUUCCUCCUCCUCCUCUUCCUCAGUCACACCUGGUCCAGGUUCUUCCUCCAGCCUUCCCAUUGUUGGAUCUGUUAGUGGUUUGGUUAUCCUGGUGUUGCUGGUUGUUCUGGUUUUACUGGUGAGACGACUUCAUAACAAACCUGAAGGUGAUGAAGGAGGAAGAGGAGAGGAUGACAUCACUUCCAGAAACAUCAGGAUGUUCCAGAGGAAACAGAAGAAAAGCAAACCAGGAACAGGAAAUGGCAGUGAAGCAGCUGCAGUUUAUUCAGCAGUAAAAACAGGAGAAGUGACUUAUGGAGAAAUAAUCAUCAAUGAGAAGAAGAAGAAACCGAAGGCCAGAGGCAGUGAAGCAGCUGGAGUUUAUUCAGCAGUAAAAACAGGAGAUGAGACUCAUGGAGAGAGAGUCAUCAACCAGAAGAAGAAGAAGCAGAGGUCAAAGGCCAAAGGUGAUCCAGGGUCUUGGCGGAGGAGGAUCCGGGAAUUGACGUGAGGGAGCGGUGGAGGGCGGACGGGUAGGCUCGGGCGUGAAGGAGGACUGAUGAGAAGUAUGACUGCCUGCCGGAGGAAACUGGAGACGCAUGGUAGGCUAACACUCCAGCGUCGAAGUAUUGGUAGUGCGGCCCUCUUGUACUCCAGGACUGAUGAGCUGAUUGAGUAAUGGUGUGGAAGGUGAUGGCACACCUCUCCGGAAAAAGGUGGGUCUGGCGCCAUCUAGUGGACAGAAGGUGAGUAGCAAAAGUGGAACAAAAACAGAACCCUCAAAAGGGACAAAACCC